AUGCUCCAAUGCGCCAUCUCUGAAAUAUGUUUAUUACUACUGACGUAAACAAAGGUCACCACCGCGCAGGUUUUGAACAAUCAUUCAAUAUGCCCAAUCAAUUAUUACGAGAUAUGUGACUGGGUCAAAAUUCACCUUGGCCGCCUUGAUCUGAUAAUUGGACGUCCAGCUGUAGUUCCAGCUCCAAAAGCAUCACAGUCAUUUAUAUUCUCAUUCAGGUGGUGGGGAGAUACACGGUUGUGUGUUUUACGGUUACCUCCUGGGAAGAGUGAAUCCAGAAUAACAUUCUAUGUUACCUGUGGCCCAAAAUCUUUUCGGCAGUACCUGUGUGAUGCUGGAAGCCUAAAUGUCAGUCUGAAAAUAGGUGGUGGUGGUAACGAUGAAGCAGAUGAUGAGGAAAAGGAAAACUUGAGUCAGUUGAUUCAGAGCCCAAGAAAAUUGGGUGAAUCCCCUAGACAAACUGUUUUGCGCCGGCAGUUAAGGAUGAAGAAAGGAUGGCAGGAUGGGGAUGUGAUUGGAAGCUUUAUGCUUCCAGAUUUAAAGCUAAAUUCGCGUGGAGAUUACGUUCAUGAGUGCCGUAUAGUAGAUUCUUCAGCAGAUGUGAUUGGCACUGUAGUUGUAACAAUGAUAUUUCUUGAGGGGACUUUAGAAGAUUUCCAGGAAAUAAAAAUACAGAGGGAAGAAGAAACCACCGUACAACAGAAAAUGGAGGAAACAAAAUUAAGACCCCGUUCUGGCAUUCCUGUCAGAGGAACCAGUAGUAUUAGCUCUCAGAAAGGUUCACAAGAUGGUCAGAGAAGUCGAAGUGGAAGUUUCAGAGAAUCACUCAGGCAGAAAACCGAUAGGUUAAAGUCCCCUAAAAGACAACCUGGUACCCUGGACUAUGGAGGACGAGGUAAGGGUCAGGAAACAUCACAAAAUAAGAAGAAUGAGGGUCUUAUAGGAGUUGUGCAUCCAGAAGUCGUGCGUCGAGAACGGAAGCAUGGAAACCGUAGUACCACCAAGAGAGCGGCCAGCCAGUUGGGGUCUGUAUCCUCUUUUAGAUGGAGCGGAUCCUGAAUCCUUAGUUGAAUCAGGUGCAGUUAAAGCGCAGGACCUCCCAGCACUUGUGCAAGUCUUGGAAGGCCGAUCUCCAAAUGUUGAUCUUGCUAAUCUAGACCCAGAAACUCAGAAAUUACUGGAGGGUCUGGAUUUAUCAGUAAGCUUCUCUGGCAUUAGCAAUGUGUCAUCAGGUGGAAGUUUUUUGAGAGUAGACAGAAGAAGUGGAAAAAGUCGUGCAUACAGCAUUCUCAAAGGUAGUCAUGGUGACAUUACAGAAGUAUCUGGAGUGUCAACUUCAGGAAUUUGGCCCCUUGAUUCUAAAGAGAACAAAGAAAUUGGUAAAAGUGUUAAGGUAGAUCAUCUUGCACAAGAUUCAUCUAAGCAAGGAACAAAGAAAAUUCCUCCUGAAUUAGCUACUUCAACAAAGAUUCCACUUCCUCAAUCCACUGCCAGGGUGCCUUCAAAAGCUUGCAGAAGUCUGUUGGUUGAAAAGCCAACUUCAUUGUUAGAAACAGAUGUACCUACAAGCUGCCAGGCACUUGAAAAUUCUGGUCAAGCCAGAAAAAUUGUUCCAGGGAAAUCAUCAAGUGAAGCCUCAGAUGACGGUUCUGUAUUAGUGGUCAAUGUUGGGACAUUAACGUUGUCUCCAGCUCUCUUACCACCGAAGGUUGAAGAUAGCAGUAAAGUGUCAGGUGUUCGUGUUAUGCAUCGCAGUAGAGUGUGUUACCUCACAACUUUAGAUGUUAUCUUUCCUCAUCUGGAACUCCCACAAGACUGGGAUAUAUCACAGACUUGUGCUUCUAGGCAACUUACUGGGAAUGAGGUACACUACUCCGCUAAAGAAAUAUUAAAACUACCUCCUGCAUCAGCAAUAGAGAUACUUAGAGGCCAGCUCAUCAUCAGGUGCUUCUGUCGCCGUCUUGGAGAAAGAAAUAGUGAGGAAGUAGGAAGUGCUGGUGUUAGUUUGACAGAUAUUUGGCAACUAAAUGGGUCUGAAGUCAGAGUGCCUUUAUUCAGAUCUGAACCAAUCAAAGAUGAUGAUGAUUCCCUAACAAGGAAACAUGGCAAGAAGGGUAAAAAGAAAGAAGAGAGCAGUGUUAAUCAACCUUUAGCCCAUCUUUGUUUUACUGCCAAAUUAGCUUUAGCAGUCAAUCAACCCACAAUGCCAACAGGAAGUCAUAAAUUUAUCCAUAAAGUGGUUCCACCCAAAGUAGAUUCAGAAAGAGACUCCACUGUGUCAUCAGUUAUGCACAGUAGCCUUGAUUUAUCAAGAAGAAAGAAGUCUAAUGAAGCUUUCUCUUAUGCAAGCAUGCAUGACUCUUUCUCAUCUGUUGAGUUAGAUGGAGUUCUUACAAGAGACAAAGAAGAGUCUUUUUAUCUUUGCCCAGUGCCUAGACCAGUGUCUGCAGGUGAUUCUGCUGUACAUCCAAGGUUCAAUUCUAUAUAUAUUCCUACUCAUGUAAGUCCAAGAAGCCCACGUCCAAAUGAGUGGCAGCAUUCUGUUGAUUAUAGACAAGUCAAGUUUGUUGGAGACAUUCGAAGCAUUCCUCUUGAAACCAAAGGUUCUGAUAGUGGUGUUUAUCCUUGCUAUGGAUCAUUUCUUACAGGUAUUAAUGGACAAGAAAACCCAAAUAAUAAACCAGUUGAAAGUGGAGGAGAAUCUCCUUGUAUUCAGACAGUUCCAGAUUUUCACUCAGAUCUAAUUAGUAAUGGUGCAAUAAGUCGAAGUGCUGCUAUGGAGCUUAGCGAAGGUGACUUUUGCCGUGUACAUCUUGAGGUUAUCAAAGGAAGGAAUUUACCAUGGGUUGAAGGCCAAGAUCGUAUUGCAAGACCACCAAAUUGCUAUGUUAGAACAAAUUUAGGUUCCCUUACUGUCCAGACCAAUGUGUGCAACGAAAUGGAUAAUCCUGUGUGGAAUUUUGCUGCUGAUGUUCUUCUGCCUUACUCUCAGGUAGCACAAACAGAGGGGAAUUUAAUCCUGAAGGUUCAUCAUACCCCCUGGGAGCACCAUUCUUCUCCAGAUGAUCCCUUGCUAGGCUUUGUUUGUGUGGAUGCUACCUCAAUAUGGAGUGGCCAUGUAUCACUGUGUGGCUGGUAUCCUCUUUUAGAUCUGCUAGGUUGCGUUAGGGGUCAUAUUAAGGUCUCGUUAACUCCUCAUGAGCCUCCUCAACCUUACCUGCCACCACCUGUCCAGCGUUACCCUCUGAAUCUCCAAGAACGUCCAUUUCGACAGCCCUCACUUGGUCCACAGACAUGGAAACAGACCUAUCCACAGCAUGCUAGUCUAGACAGGGAUAUACUUACAAGUCCUCGACAUCGUUUAGGGCAUUCACAAACUCCAAGUACUUGUAGAGUUCCCUUUCAUCCAAGAUAUGCAAACACCAUCCCUCAGUCCUCACCAAGAAUUUGUCGAAAAAACAUUCAUGAGAGGGCCAGCAAACCAGACUUUACCAUGAAUGGUGUUGGCACGCAAAGUCAUGACUCUUCAUUAUUUUCCAAAUAUAGCUCUGUGAUAAGCACUGAAUCUGUAGUUGUUGAUGUACCUGUUAUUAAUGAGAUAUCUACUCGUAAAAGAAAGUCACCAACACAAGAUAUGACUCCUCAAAAGCUUGAAAGUUCAAGUAAAGUUGAAAAAAAUACUGGUAAUAGAAGCUCUUCUAGUAUUCCUGUUUUUUCUCCAGGAAAAGACAUGACGAGGCGUGUAAUAAGGAGUACGGCUGAUAGUAGAAAUUUGAAUAGUGUUUUACCAGAGAUUCUUUACCAAGAUCAUUUUGCUUCUAGUGAUAGUCAGGUUUUUAAAAGUAAAGGUCUUAGUACUGGAAGAGAACCACCCAAGAAUAGUUCAUUGUCUCAUGAUCAUUCUGAAAGGGACACUUCUGCUACUGCUUUUACUUUCAAUACUAAGCAUCCAGCAGAUUAUGAAAAUACCAAAGGCUCUAUUGUUGCCAAGGAUUCUCAGAAGAAAGACCAAAGUACAGAUAAGGUUCAUGAAGAAAGGUUGUCUCAUGAUGCAACCCGUUUACCAACAAAGAUCAGCACAAGUGAAGACAAAGAUGUCACUAGGGAGCAUCAAUCAAAAAUUCCUCCUGCACCUGCUUCUGGACCAUCAGCUGUAAAUGUAAAACCCAAUUCUUGUCUCAAAGUACCUGGCAGUCCAUCUUUGAGAGCAAAGCAUGUAACGUUUGCCAAUAAAUUAAUACAGCAGAAAGGUGCAGAUAUCAAAAGUGGAACACAUUCCAUCCAAGAUAGAAUUAAUCGAAGCCCAUCCUCACUACCAAGACUUACCCAAAGUAGUACUCAUCUUCCAUCUCAUAAUGUAAUGAAUUCUCAUGGUCAGGGAACAGAGGAUAAUGCAACCAGUUCCCAUGGUGAUAGAGCACCUAGUGAGAACCGGUAUGCAGAUGGGUCAGAUUUACAGGUUGUGCCAUGCAGAGAAGGAGAUACACAGGUCGUGACAACAACUGUUAGUGUUCCAGGUAGCAAAACAAAAUAUUCUGUAUCUGGAGAUAACAGGGGAUCAACUAAUUCACAAUUAUCAUGUGACAAAAAUAGGUCAGAUUUAAUCAUGUCUUUUUCCUGGAUGAAUCAGACCUCAGAAUGUGACACUCCAUGUGUUUCCUAUAUAGAAUCAAAACAUGCUGUGCAUGGUGCAGUUGCAGCAUCUGAAAAUGGAGAUCUAAAUAUAGUUCACAGAAAAAAGGACAAGAGUUUUGGUGAAAAGUCACGUAAACUUCGAAGCAGAUUAGCAGCAAAUUUUCCUCUAAAAUGAGAUUUGAAUAUUGAGUGUAGUUAUUUUAGUAGUUCAUAAUAGUUUUGUGUAUUUAGUGAUCAUGCCAGAAACGAGCAAGAUAAAAUCAGCUCCAAGUUGCCUUAGCCAGAGUACUGGAAACUAUUAAUCAUUUAUAAUGUCUUAUUCUGUCAGAUCAUCCUAGAAGUACUGUAGUAAUGCACUAAAAUUGUUUCAUGCCACAUCAAGUAUAACUGAAAAAUAGUCUUUAUUUAUCAGCCUGCCUCUUUCCCUGGCUGUAAAAAUCUAUAACACUACUACAGUACAGCUAGGAAUUUCAUGGCCAAGUGUGUAGGUAAUGCCUUAGUCAUGUUUAGUAGUCAUAGACCGGUAACUGUAAAGGCAAUAUUCCAGUAGAAAUGGUUAGUUUAAGAGCAACAGUAUUUUUUUUCAAUACUUUAAUGUGUGUUAAGAAAGCCUCUUUUCUAUGUUUGCUAUUGGAUGCAAUUGUGAUUGUCUUAAAAUUGUAGUGUUAUGUUAUAGCUUUCAAGUUUCAGUACAAACAAAUGUAAUGUUUUACAUAAUCUGACCUCAUGAAAGGUUAGACAAUACAAAGUUUUCUAGAAGUUCAACCUAUCUUUUCAGUAUAAUUUUGAUGAAAUAUGUUGCCAUGGUGCUGCUCUGUGAGUAUUAUUACAGAUUUAAUAUUUAAUGAAGACAGUUUACAUUAAAAACUGGUACGUAUUAUAAAAAUUGUGAAGCUGCAACAAUAAUAGGAACACACUCCAUCUCAAGGAAUAUUAUAAAUCUUAAUAAGUGCUUUUGUGAUUAGUCACAGGCAGAUUAUUUCCUGUAACCACAUGAUAUACUCCCAAUAUAUAGUUAAAAUUCACAUCCUAACACUAUUUGCAAGUAAACAGUCAAGUAUUACAAUUCAAAUGUUGUGAAUGUUGAUGCAUGAACUAUUUGAUCACCCAUGCAUUCUAGCAUGGAUAUGUUGUGGGCACUAGACAAGCUAUGAUAGCUUUUUGUAAAAUUGUUAUGUAUCACUGCCAAGUAGGCCAUUAAUAUUUUUAUGUAGACUUGGAGCUUUAAAUAUUGUUAUGCUGAGCAGCUGCACAUUACGUUGACAUUACUGUUCAAAAGUAAAUUAAGCACUAACAAUUAGAAACAGUAUUACUCUUGUUUCUUGCUUUGUCCAGUAAGGUUUGUUUAUUGCUCAAUUAACAUGGAGGUAGAGUACAAAAAUAGCUGCCUCUUGCAGUGAGAUGGAUAUUUGCAAGGUAAGCUAAUAAAUGCAAGUGUGUUUGUGAUAUAUGUACACAUGUACUUAUAUAUUGUAUGGCGAGGAAAAAUGAAAUAUCUUUAGAAAACAGUUUAGUAGUAAUCUCAAACAGUAUGGAAAUACCAAUCCAGUAUUAGGUAAACGGGUUUUCUCCCCUCUAUGAAGGCUGUGGUUGUAUGGAGUAAGGAUAAACAUUAGGUGUAGUUUAUAGGUUAUUUUAUAGGACUUUGGCUUUUAGAAAUUUAUAGUAUAGAGGCCAAGUCUUUGCUUCAGACUUUUCCUGUCUUGUUUUGUUUUUUGUUGAAAGCAUUCUGUUUGGUUUAAAUUAUCCUCAGCCUAAUAGCUUUUCUUUCUCAGUGAAAUUAGAAAGACUGGAAUUUCAGCUUGCUACAAACUUUUCUGUACUUUUAAUUAAUUUACAUAGCAAAGAAUACAGAUUUUUUUGUUUUCUGUUAAAUAUGCAAUUUAAAAAAAGAUAAGCAGCAGCUGUUAGGUUCUAAAAUCUUUGGUUGGUAAUGAGUUUCACAGAUUUUAAAUACUUUAUAAGUGCAGUAUGGUAACAAAAACUUUAUGAACCAACUGCUAUAUAUUUUAUAAAUAUAUUUCUGUAUGUUUCUGGAAAGUUAUUUCAUUCAAAUACGAAAUUAAGUGAAUAGUAGCAGAAAAGUUAAGGACUGUUUCAAGGAUGAAGGAAACUACUGAGUGCCACAGCAAUAUUAAGAAUUCCUUGCCUUGACUUACAAAGCCUGACAUAGAAAUCUGCUUCGACAUUUGAGCAUAUGUCAAAUCAAGAUUAUUUUUGGGAUUGAAUGCUGCAUAUAUUUGCAUACAUUGGAAAUAUAAAGCACUUUCUACUAUUUCAGUAGUGUAACAAAUAGCCUUUGUGAAGGUAGGUUUCAUAAGAUGCCUUAAAACUUGAGCUUAAAGGUUAGUAGCAUUAAAAUCUUACCCAGUGUUGUGAUUUGCAUUUGUCCUGAUAGUUUAGGUUGUACAGCAGGUCAGUGAAAAAUGUUGAAAUUGCUCUGACAUUACAUCUUUACACUUCAGUAGUUUUAAGGGAAUUUUUAUCACAAAAUAUUAAUGAUCUCACACCACUAUACAUAUUUGCAUGUAGUCCUGUCUUCCUACUUAAUGCUAUGCUUAAUUCUUUGAUGGUGCUCUUUCCCUAUCCUAGGGCUUAUACUGCAGUAAUGUGUAAUUUAUUAUUCCAUACUUCAAAUAUACUUAGUAUAAAUUUGUUAUUCCCUAUUUCCAGUACCCUUUGUCUAUAAUACUUGCAAAAUUUUUACUUCAAAUAAGCUAGGUUCAUUGCUUAACCCUUAAUGGACGGAUACCCUCAUAUGAUUAACAAUAAACGGUUUUGAGUGAUGGAAGGAUUACCUCCUGGUGAGUUAUCAGCAGGGGUUCCAUUCCGAUGGCGACUGCCAGUAUCAGUAUUACUCGGCAUUGAUUGGAAGAAAUCAGGCGGGAAAGAGGUUUCAUUACUUCAGUAGCACAUAAAUUUACUAAUGGCAACUUUUACACUGGCUCAGCUCGCUGAUUGUAGGCAGCUCAUGAUUUAGCUGUGUACACACUUGACUUCAAGGGGACAUAUACUGCCCCCCCCCCCCCCCCCCCUCUCUCUCUCUCUCUCUCUCUCUCUCUCUCUCUCUCUCUCUCUCAUAAUGGCGUUUUAUAUACCGUGCGUCCUCAACUUAAGGCAAUUCGAUAUUAAGCAUUUUACAGUGCUGUUGAUGACAUUCUGUGGCACAGUAAUUUGAUGCAACAUUGAGUUACAGCGUCAAAACUCAAGUUACGGCACCUAAAGCGCUGAUAACUUACGGCGCAGAGCUGGAAUGGAUCCCCUGCCACAAGUUGAGGACGCACAGUAUUUGCUCAUAGUAAAUAUACCCAGGGGUUGCUGUUGGUUUUAGUUCUUAAAAAUUUCUUUAUGAUUGUCAGUUAAAAUUGUAAUUUUGCAAAGAAAUAUUAGAAAAACAUGUAUAAUCCAAAAAAGUUACUCCAUCUUUGAUCUCUGUAAAUUUAUGCAAAUAACUGUUUUGAUAUUGUGUGAGCUGUAAUUAUAAUUUUUUUUAAUCAAUUAUUAAAGAACAUGUAACUUGGUAAAAUCUAAGAUUGUCUUGUAAAAGAGGCCCCACAAGGGGUUGUAAAUACAUAGUCACUUUCAACUUUUCGUGGAAGGUAGGGAGAAUAUGAAGAAUUUUUUUUUUCCUACAUCUUGUGCAUUUGCAUAACUAACUCUUAGCUCUCCCCCCCCUCCCAUCAAAUUAGCCAACCUCAAAGGUCGCCCGGUCCUGGGUGCUGCAUGUUUUUUUUAGCCUGGCUGUAAGGGGUUAAGCACUGAGUAAAAGAAUUGGAACAAUUUAUGUAAUAUGUUUUAUUAAUAAGUGAACAGAUUGAAAAUAUUUAAUUUUGGUACAGUUUUUUUAUAAUGUCUUCCCUCUGUUGUAAACAUUGUGUCAUGUUAAAUAAAUAAAUCGUCUAGUC